GUGCCACACGGCUCGGGAGCUCACGAGCCGCUGUCUCUGGCGCCGAGGCCGCGAGGUUUCCGUUGGCUGACGGUUGGGCGCGCGGCCCCGGACACGAGAGGAAGGUGACGCGAGGCGACGCCGCCCCCGCUCCCAGAAAUGUCGAAGAAAGUUGUCAGGAAGCAAGAACUGGCUUCAGAGAGAGCGAGCUCUAACCCCUGCAAAAGAGUCAAACUGGACUCAGAUUUAACCAGCACAUUCAACUUCCAAAGUCCAGCCAGCUUGUUUGACAGUCUGGUGUCGCCUAUUGGAAGUAAGGAAUUCUUAAGUGAAUAUUGGGAGCAGAAGCCUUUGCUGAUCCAGAGGGAUGACCCUUCAUUAGCGGUGUACUACAAGUCAUUGUUUAAGUUUGAUGACUUAAAGGAAAUCUGCAAUGAUGAUGUAUUCUACGGUACAGACAUCAACUGUUGCCGAAGUAUAAAUGGAAAGAAGAAGAUUUUAAACAAAGAUGGAAAAAUUAACUACACUCAGUUAAAGAAAGACUUCGAACAGAAGAAGGCUACAAUACAAUUUCACCAGCCGCAGAGGUUUAAGGAUGUAUUGUGGAAGAUCCAGGAAAUGCUGGAAUGUUUCUUUGGCUCCUUGGUUGGAUCCAAUGUUUACAUCACUCCUCAGGGCUCCCAGGGGCUACCACCACAUUACGAUGAUGUUGAGGUGUUUAUCUUGCAGCUGGAGGGAGAGAAGCACUGGCGACUCUACAAACCCACCAAUCCUUUAGCUCGUGAGUACAGUGUAGAGCUUGAAGAGCGGAUAGGAAGUCCAACCCAUGAAUUCACAUUAAAGUCAGGCGAUCUAUUAUACUUUCCGAGAGGAACAAUCCACCAGGCAGAUACCCCAGCAGGAGGCUCCCAUUCCACCCAUAUUACCAUUAGCACCUACCAGAACAACACCUGGGGAGAUUACUUAUUGGAUGUGAUUCCUUGGCUUGUAUAUGAUACAAUGAAGGAAGAUAUUGAACUGUCCAGAGGGCUACCUUGGCAGCAUCUGAUGCAUAUGGAAAUGCCGAUCGAUUCAACAAGGAAACUGAGUGGAUUCUUGCGGAAGCUGGCAGACCAGAUAGAGAAUGGAAAGGAAAUGAGAUCUUCUGAAAUGAAAAAAGAUUUUGUUGUAAACAGAUUGCCUCCAUACCUGUGCAACACAUCGGAUUCAGCACCAGAUGGAAAAUUGCCGAAGUUAGGUGAUCAGAUUAAACUUCGUUUCAAAGACCAUAUCAUGAUUUUGGUGGAGCAUGAUCAAGAAAGGACGGAUGAAUCUCGAGAAAUGAUGGUGUAUCUAUAUCAUUCACUGAGGAAUAGCAGGGAAAACCACAUGAUGGGGGCUGAGGACAAUGAAGAAGAAGGAAGAAGUUUUCAGGCUCGUGGCUUAAGAUUUCCUUUGUCUCAGUUGGAAGCGCUGAAACAGCUAUGGAUGGGUGGCACAAUUCCUGUAAAAGACCUCAAAGUGGACUCGGAUAAAGCUAAAGAAAGCCUGGCCCUGUCCUUGUGGACGGAGAACUUAAUUGAAACAAGCUAAAUGUAACUGUCAUGGUUCCUUUGGCCUAUUGAAGUUUGAGUGCCUUUUAUUAUUCUAUAUAAUAAAAACAUAAAACUGAAAAUGUCAA